AUGAGCGCCCCCCAGCUAGACGAGCUCCAGUGGAAGUCGCCCGAGUGGAUCCAGUCCUUCGGGCUCCGCACCGAUAACGUGCUCGACUACUUCGCGGAGUCCCCGUUCUUUGACAGGACUUCCAACAACCAAGUGGCCAAGAUGCAGCAGCAGUUCGCACAGCCCCGGCCCGCGGGCCAGGUCGCGCCGAGCAUGAGCCUCGAGGACCCUGACCCUCACAGGAGAUCCAUUCUGUCCACCUACAUGGUCCACGCCCUGUGGGAGCAGGAACUCCGCAAGCUCAAAGGCGUGGAGUACAUCCUGGCCUACGUGCGGGAGCCCGAUUUCUGGAUCAUCAGAAAGCAAAACCGCACGGGGCCGACCGCCGUGUCCCCGCUGCAGGACUACUACAUCAUCGGUGCGAACGUGUACCAGGCCCCGAGCGUGUUCAAGAUCGUACAAAGCCGGCUUCUGUCUUCCAAUCUGCAUCUCUCCAAGGCUCUCUCCUCGCUUCGCCGCAUGACAGAGUUCCAGCCCUCUCAGGGUGGCCACUUCGUGAAGACGAGCUACCAGGCCACCCCGUCCUCGUCCCAGCAGCCCAUGACCGUCGCAAGCACCAGCAACGCGGCCAAUUCCGCGGCCAACACCGGCCCCGCCACCGCGAAUGGCCAAUCCGGCCUCACGGGCACUGCAGACCCCAUAGGCCUCGCUGGUCAGCCCUCUGCUACAAUGAACCAGGCCCAAAUGGACAAGCUGCUGGCUACUAGCAUGAAGUCCAGUCCCGCCUACCUGUGA